AUGGGUUGCGAAUUCGUAAGUUUUAGAUUUUGCAGUGUGGCAUGCAGUAAAGCUUAUGCAGAAGAGAAAGCGCAAUCGGUCAAAAAAUUAUUAUUGAAACAAGAGAAAAAAAUGAAAUUAAAGCAACAAAAAUCAUUAUUGAUGCAACAAAGAGCCAAACUUGAAAAACUUGGUUUACACGAAGCAAAAGUGACCAUUGAAGAAAAAAUUAAAAUGCUCAGAAUGGAAAGGGAACUCAUGAAAACCAACGCUGGGGAUUCAGAUGGUGAAAGUGGAUCUGGCACUUCGAGUAAUACCGAUAAAUUGCGUUCAUCUUCCAAAGGUUCGUUUUCUUGGACAAGAUAUUUAACUUUACUCAAAGCAAAAAGUGCUCCUUAUACACUUUUUAAAGAUCCUUUUCCCACUGCUAGAAAUAACUUUAAAAUCGGUAUGAAACUCGAAGGUAUAGACCCCGUGCAUCCGUCUUUAUUUUGUGUUCUUACCGUGGCUGCGGUAAGGGGUUAUCGUAUUAAACUUCAUUUUGAUGGCUACCCCGAUUGCCACGAUUUUUGGGUCAAUGCUAAUUCUAGUGAUAUCUUUCAUGCCGGGUGUUGCUUUGUUAAUAAUCAGGAGAGACCUAUUAUACCCAGCGGUUUCCGCGCUGGUAUGAAACUGGAAGCAGUUGAUAAAAAGAAUUCUUCAUUGGUUUGUGUUGCCACAAUCGCUGAUGUUCUCGACAACAGAAUUUUAGUUCAUUUUGACAGUUGGGAUGACAUAUACGAUUAUUGGGUGGAUUGUACGUCUCCUUAUAUUCAUCCCGUCGGAUGGUGCAAAGAAAACGGACAUCAGUUGACUCCUCCAAACGAUUAUAAACAUCCCUCCCUCUUUUCGUGGGAUUUUUACUUGAGGGAAACAAAAAGUUUACCAGCUCCAGCGAGGGCAUUCAAGCCUCGCACAACGACAGAUUUUCGUAGGGGCAUGAAACUCGAAUGCGUUGACAAAAGAAAUCCAAUUUUGAUACGUGUAGCUACGGUAGUUGAUAUUGUCGUUCAACAAAUAAAAAUUAAAUUCGAUGGAUGGCCCGAUCAAUAUGCCUACUGGUUGGACGAUGAUAGCCCUGAUAUACAUCCAGCAGGAUGGUGUCAUAAAACUGGUCAUCCUUUGGAACCUCCUCCUUCUGAAGAAGACAUUAAAAAUACUUCGAUUUGUCCAACGCCUGGUUGUCGAGGGAUCGGACACGUGAAAGGAAAACAUCCCGUUCAUCAUAUGAUACUAUCUUGUCCUUAUUCAUCGAUGAAUUAUCUUCGUGACGAUCAUAUUCCGGAUAGAUUUUGCUCUAAGAGAGAGUACUACGAAGUAAAAGAAACUUCAGCUUCAAAAGGAACUAAACCAAGGCCUGGAAUUCCUAGAAAAAACAAAUGCGAUGGAUCAAUUCUUCCAGUUCCUAAAACAGACAAUCGGGGAAGAAAACGAAAAUUGUCAAGUGAAAAAUUUAAAAAAGAAAAAAAAAAAAAAAGUUACAGGGAACCUCCUCCGAACUUACUAACGAAGAAAAAAUCACGAGUAAAUAAUUUAAUGGAAGAAAACGUGGAUCCGGGAACGAGGAACGAUCCGGUGGUUUGGUCUAAAAACAGGUGGGACAUCAGUGAAACGGUAGCUUCGAUUGGAUCUAAUCCAUUAUGUUGGACGCCUAGUCAAGUAGCCGCGUUCGUUGAAAAUAUAAAUAGCUCUUCCGAAAAGGGUAAAUUGUUCACAGAGCAUCAAAUCGAUGGUGAGGCUCUUCUCAUGUUGUCACAAAAUGAUCUUGUUCAAAUAUUAGGUUUCAAACUGGGUCCGGCUAUAAAACUAUACAAAAGCAUUGUUUUGCUCAGGCAAAAAGCGUUAGAAAUAAAAAAUGAAGGAGUGAGCUGA